AUGGCUUCGUUUGAUCCCGCUGCAAGGAAGCGAGUCCUCCGCGUUAUUGCUGUCUCACUACUCCUCGACUUGAUCUCCUUCACCUUUAUCCUUCCCUUGUUCCCGCAGCUUCUCGAAUUCUAUCGCGAUCUCGAAGGCCGAGUCCCUCUUGACAAAGAUGCGCCCCAAACCCUCCUCCAGCACGUUCUAUCAGGCCUCCACCGAUACAAGGCCUCGUUCUCACGCCCGAUCGAGUCGCGUCAUGAUAUCGUUCUGCUAGGUGGAGCUCUCGGCUCCCUCUUCUCUCUUCUUCAGGCCAUUGCAUCGCCCCUUAUCGGCGCUCUCUCCGAUCGAUACGGCCGUCGCAAAGCUCUCCUAGCGUCCAUGUGCGGUAACAUCCUCUCUGUGCUGCUCUGGGUUGCAGCUGUCGAUUUCCGAACCUUUAUCGCAAGCCGUGUUGUUGGUGGACUAUCGGAGGGUAAUGUCCAGCUCGCAACCGCAAUGGCCAGUGACAUCUCGGACGAAUCGUCUCGUGGCGCGACCAUGGCCUUAAUCGGCGCGUGUUUCUCGAUCGCUUUUACCUUUGGCCCUGGACUUGGUGCUUGGCUCAGCACGUUCUCGACUUUCACUGCGAACCCCUUUGCUGCAGCUGCAGGUUUCAGUUUGGCGCUGAUUGUGACUGAGACGGUUUAUCUGUACUUUAGUUUACCUGAGACUUUGCCUUCGAUGCGCGACGCUGGGGCCAAGGGUGAUGCGAAGAAGAAAGUUGCGCCCAAGAAGGUCGAGAGAACCAACUCUCACUUCCUUCUGAAUGCCAUUCACUUCGUCUUCCUGCUGUUCUUCUCCGGCAUGGAAAGCUCCCUGUCUUUUAUGACAUAUGAACUCUUCUCCUUUACGUCUGGCAAGAAUGGACGACUAUUGGGCUAUGUCGGACUUGUGGCAUCCAUCCUUCAGGGCGGUGUUACACGACGUCUCCCACCCCUGAUGUCCGUCCGUAUCGGGACACUUGCGUGCCUUGCGUCCUUCGUUCUCUUGGGACGGGUCAACACCAUUGGUGGUUUGUACCUAGCUGCGACAUGUUUGGCAGUCACAUCCGCCACGGUCGUCACUGGCUUGAACGCUCUGAGCAGCUUCGAGGCUCACGAGGACGAGCGCGGUAACAAGCUCGGUAUGUUACGAAGCUGGGGUCAGCUUGGCCGAGGCCUGGGUCCCAUCUUGUUCACAAGUGUAUACUGGUGGGCUGGCCGAGAGGUCGCAUAUACUAUGGGUGCCACUGGUAUUGCAGUUGUCGCUGCAGCGGUGUUUGGUGGAUUGAAGACGCCUAAUGGAAUGAACACCAAGGGCAAGAAGGUUGAGAGUAAGGUUCAGUAA